CCGGUGAAGAUGGAUCUCUUCAGCAAGUUACCGGACCCGGUUAUUUCUCACAUCUUGUCCUUUUUUCCAACAACAAAGGAGGCUGCGAGGACAUCGGUUCUCGCAAAGAGAUGGCGUAAUCUGUUUGCAUUUGUCCCUAAUCUCGAUCUCGAUGACUCUGUCUUUCUUGAUCCUCAAGAAGGUAAACGGGAAAAGGAAGGCAUCCUUCAGAGUUUCAUGAGUUUUGUGGAUAGGGUAUUGGCAUUGCAAGGUGAUUCUCCCAUUAAGAAAUUCUCACUCAAUGUUAAAACCGGUAUUGAUCCUUCUUGUGUGGAUCAUUGGAUAUGCAAUGUGCUGCGACGUGGUGUUACUCACCUUGAUCUGUUCAUUGAAAUUGGAGAGGAAUAUUCGCUGCCUCGUGAGAUAUCUGUUAGUAAGACAUUAGUUGAGCUUAAAACUGGAUAUGGAGUUGAUCUUUAUUCGUGGGACGAUGACAUUUUCUUACCGAUGCUUAAGACUCUUGUUCUUGAUACGGUUGGGUUUGGUAGGGGUCAGUUUCAGACACUUCUUCCUGCUUGUCCUGCCCUUGAGGAACUAAUGCUGCUUAAUAUGGUGUGGAGAGAUAGGAAUGAGGUUUUUUCAAGUUCAAGCCUCAAGAAGCUAAAGAUUACUUCUGAAGAAGGCUGUUUAGGCACUUUCUCAUUCGAUACUCCGAAUCUUGUUUUCUUAGACUACUAUGAUUUGGUUGCGGAUGAUUACCCAUUAGUUAACUUGCAAAACUUAGAGGAGGCUGGACUCAGCCUUGCACUUACUCAAGAUCGUCUCGGUCAAUCACUCAGUGUGUGGAAUCUUAUUCACGGCAAACGAAAUGUUAAGAUACUUCACUUAUCUGCUGUUGCUUUCGAGAUGCUUUCUCUUUGCUGCAGUGAAGCCAUGCCGGCUUUCAAAAACCUUACACUCUUAAAUAUUAAGACUGUCAUGAUUCAAGGAUGGCAAGCAAUGCCACUUCUUCUAAGGAGCUGUACAAAUCUAGAAACUCUAUACCUUGGGGGUCUCUUACACACCGUUACAGAGAGAUGUGGAUACGUUUGUGACUGCAUCUCUAGGAAGAACAAAGGUCGUUUUCUCAAGUCUUGUCACGUGAAGAAGAUACAGAUUCAAGACUUUAGAGGAACACCGAGAGAGAUGGGAAUGAUAAAGCAUUUCUUGGACUAUCUUCCGAGUUUGAAAGAGAUGGUGAUAGUUGCCGAAGAAAAUGAAGCAACAUUCUUCGAGAUCCCUAAAUGGUUAGAUAUUAUAGAGGACACGCUGAAACAUUACAACGAGACAUCGAGAUGCAAUGUCUUUUUCAGGGUUCACGCUUUCUUGUACUGGAAAUGGACUCGACAGUAG